AUGGCGUUCGCUAGGCGUCGACAUUCGCUAAAACCUCCCCCAAUGCGGGUGUUCCCCGGUUUAGGUUUAUCCGUUAUCCGGAAGAUUAGGCGCUCUCUCUCUGGCGGCGGGCGGGGUCUCGCCACGCCCACCGGUCGAUCGCGAGCGAGCACGGCCACGGCCGGCUCAUUGUGCCGUUAUCUACCAGAGACGGAGCACGCUCAUCCGGGCGCCACAGAUAAGCAAAACACCGCCGCAGGAAAACACGGCGUCCGCUGGCCCCCCAAACCAGCUCUCCUGUACAAUCGUAUUCAGUACCACCGGUACUGCAGACGAUUGUACUCGAAUUACUCAACGUUUGAUCUAUCCACGAAUAGCUCGUCCCAGCACACGACUCUUGUAAAAAAAUCGUGGGCCAUUCAUUCGAGAGCUGUAAAGAAU